AUGGGAGCACAGGGGAAGAAUCACGUGACCAAGCCUGGUCCUAACAGAAUGAAGAGUUUUGGCGGGAAAUUUCUCGACUCCAAUCUUCAACACCUCUCCUUUCUUGUUUCUCUUGAUUUGAGAAACAACUACUUCCACGGCAAUCUGCCCGAAGAGUUGUCACACCUGCGCCGCCUGAGGUUCGUCAGGUUAACCUCUAACAGCUUCACUGGAGAGAUUCCAAUCUGGUUUGGUCACUUCCCAGAACUCCAGUUCCUGUUUCUGGACAGCAAUGGUUUUAGUGGUUUUAUUUCUCCUCCUAUCUCUAACUUGUCAAAACUGGAAACCUUAAAUCUAAGAGACAAUUUCCUGGGAGGUAAUAUUCCAGAAAAGAUGGGAAAUCUUUCGGUCCUCAGAGAGCUGUAUCUAUUUGGGGAUGACUUAGUUGGUCAGAUACCAUUGAGUUUAUGCAAGUUUUCUCAUCUUCAGGUGCUAUACUUGUCUAACAACAGGUUAAGCGGGCACAUACCUAAAGAAAUUGGAAAUCUGGAGAAGCUCAAGGAGUUAUACCUCAUCACCAACAACUUAACAGGUACGAUUCCACGAGAGAUAGGCAAUCUCCAAAACCUGCAUGGGCUCAAUCUGGAAUGGAAUCAGAUCACGGGAAGCAUUCCAAGAGAAAUCGGGAAUUUGACGAUGCUUACUGAGCUCUACUUCGCCAACAACUCCUUGACAGGUACAAUACCACGAGAGCUGGGUAACCUUUACCGACUCGAGAAUCUUCAGUUACCUUAUAAUGGCUUGAAUGGCUCCAUUUCCCGUGGCAUCUUCAACCUCUCAGCAUUGCGGAAUAUUGACCUUGCAUCUAAUCUUCUAUCAGGAAAUCUUCCGCGGGAUCUAGGAUACAGACUGCCCAAGUUAUUAUUCAUAGAGCUUGAUGGGAAUAACCUUGGUGGAGUUAUACCAGUGUCCAUUUCAAAUUGUUCCCAAUUAAGAAUGCUAGAACUUUCCAUUAACGGAUUCACUGGUUCCAUUCCUGACGCCCUCGGGGACCUUAGACUUCUACAAUAUCUAGAUCUGUAUGGCAACUAUUUAACAAGUGAUCCUACAUCUAUGGAGCUGAGCUUCAUCACUUCAUUGACAAAAUGCAAAAACUUGGUUGUUUUAGGCCUGGGCACAAAUCCGUUAAAUGGGCUUCUUCCAGCUUCCAUUGGGAAUCUCUCUGCUACUCUACAGAAAUUGUAUAUAGGAACUAGUGAAAUCAAGGGCACCAUACCAAGUCAAGCUGGCAACUUGACCAAUUUGAUAUUGCUUGCUCUACAAUCGAAUCACUUGACCGGAGGUAUUCCAACAGCAUUCAAAAAUCUACAAAACCUGCAAGGAAACAACUUUUUAGCCUCUGCCAUACCUAAUAGUUUUUGGAACCUCAAAGAUCCCUUGCGGUUGAACUUAUCCUCAAACUCCCUUAAUGGUUCCUUGCCUCUUGAAGUUGGAAAUUUGAAAGCUAUUACAUCUAUAGACAUAUCAGCGAAUCAAUUCUCCGGUGACAUUCCUAGCACAACAGAGUCAUUUGGCAAUAUGCUCAGCUUGCAAGGACUUUACUUAUCGCACAACAAUCUUUCUGGCUACAUACCGAAGUCAUUGGAGGCACUUCGGGACCUCAAAGACCUUGACGUUUCUUAUAACCAUUUAAGUGGUGAAAUUCCUUCUGGUGGUCACUUUGCGAACUUUACCGCUGAAUCUUUUCUGUUCAACGAUGCAUUGUGCGGAGAUUCCAGGUUCCAUGUGCCGCCUUGCCCAAGAACUAAUUCAAUUCACAGGUCAAGAACCAAAAAGGUGCUUCUAUUUGUAUUUGCUCCUCUGGGAAUCGCUUCUGUGGUUGUCGCAGCCUUAGCAAUUGUCUUCAGAAGAUAUUGGAAGAAUUAUCGGGAUUCUAAAGGAACAAACAUGGUAUUAGUGCCAACGCAAGAAAGAGUUUCGUACUAUGAUCUUCUUCGAGCAACUGAUGGAUACAGUGAAAGCAAUUUGCUUGGCAUUGGGAGUUUUGGAUCUGUUUACAAGGGGAUUCUCAAUGAUGGAAGGUCUAUUGCUGUAAAGGUUUUCAAUUUGGAACUGGAAGGAGUGCUCAAGAGCUUUGAUGUAGAGUGUGAAGUCCUGAAGAACCUGCGCCAUCGAAAUCUUGUGAAGGUCAUCAGCGGUUGUUCGAACCAGGAUUUUAGGGCGUUGUUGCUUGAAUACAUGUGCAAUGGAAGCCUUGAGAAAUGGCUGUAUUCUGACAACGAUUUCUUAGAUACUCUACAGAGAUUGAAUAUAAUGAUAGAUGUGGCAAGUGCAGUGCAAUAUCUCCACGAAGAAUAUUCGACGCCUGUGAUUCACUGUGAUUUGAAGCCCAGUAAUGUCUUACUUGAUGAAGAUAUGGUUGCCCACGUCAGCGACUUUGGUGUUGCAAAAAUGCUGGAAAAGGAGGAAAGCUUUGCAUGGACCAAGACCUUAGCUACAAUUGGCUACAUUGCUCCAGAGUAUGGAUCUGAGGGGUUGAUAUCAGCAAAAUGCGAUGUUUAUAGCUAUGGAAUCAUGCUGAUGGAAGUUUUUUCAAGAAGAAAGCCUAAUGAUGAGAUGUUUGCUGGAAAUUUGAACUUGAAGAGUUGGAUAAAUGAUUCUCUGCCUAAUUCGAUUCUUCGAGUCAUUGAUGCUAAGUUGUUGAAGCGUGAGGAUGAAAAUUUCACUGAGAAGUUGGAGGGUUUUUCAUCCAUCAUGGAAUUGGCCUUGAAAUGUGUUCGUGAAUCUCCAACUGACAGACUCAGUAUGAAAGUUGUUCUUGAAACACUGAAGAAGAUCAAACUCAAAUUCAUGCAGGUCAGGCAGGCUGAUGAAUAGUUCGGAUCGAAUAUGUGGCAUCUUUUAUAAUCAUCAGAAAUAUUAGGGAAGAGCGGCCAAUUUGUUUAUAUCAAAUAAACUGAACCACGUGAGAUUUGAAAGGCGUUGUAUUACUGCAAAUAAAAUUGUAUGAUUAAAAUUUGGAAUUUCUGAAU